UCGUAAACCAAUUCAAUGCUGUUGAUAACCCCCCAGAACUCCAAGAGCAACGUUUUUCAGCAUCCAUCCCCGGCUUUUUCAAAAUGGCGAAUGCUCUUACUGCAAUUUACAAAUGGGGUGUCCCCGUAGCCAUCGGGGCGUCCUUCGUCCAGGCAUCUCUGUACGAUGUCAAGGGAGGAACCCGGGCAGUCAUCUUCGACAGGCUCACGGGAGUGCAGGAAAAGGUUGUCAAUGAGGGCACUCACUUCCUCAUCCCCUGGUUGCAGAAGAGCAUUAUCUACGAUGUCAGAACGAAACCUAGGAAUAUCUCAACGACCACCGGAAGUAAGGACUUGCAGAUGGUCAGCUUGACCCUACGAGUCUUGCAUCGCCCCGAGGUGCAGCAAUUGCCAAAGAUCUAUCAGUCCCUCGGCCAAGACUACGAUGAAAGAGUUCUCCCCUCCAUCGGCAACGAAGUCCUAAAGUCCAUCGUCGCCCAAUUCGAUGCUGCGGAACUUAUCACCCAGCGUGAAGCCGUCUCCAACAGAAUCCGCAACGACCUUAUGCGCCGCGCCAUGGAGUUUAACAUUGCUCUCGAAGACGUCUCCAUAACUCACAUGACUUUCGGUCGCGAAUUCACCCGUGCCGUCGAGCAGAAGCAGAUCGCCCAACAGGACGCCGAGCGGGCGAGAUUCAUUGUCGAGAAGGCCGAGCAGGAACGACAGGCCAAUGUCAUCCGUGCGGAGGGAGAGGCCGAGAGUGCUGAGAUCAUUAGCAAGGCUGUUAUGAAGGCUGGUGAUGGCUUGAUUCAGAUCCGAAGAAUCGAUGCUAGCCGGGAGAUUGCACAGACGCUUGCCACAAAUCCCAACGUUACAUAUCUUCCGGGUGGUGGUGAGGGGAAGGAGGGCGGCAAGAGCACUGGCCUCCUGCUUGGGUUGAGAAGCUAAAGAGGAGUGACGAGGGUUGAUAGAUAGUAAAAGCACUCGUGCAUUUAAGGCGGAUGCGAUGAAAUCGUUCUUCUAUUAUUGAACAAACAAGCAUGUAACAAGAUUCUAAUUUCCUUUUUGUAACUUCACUAUCAUUUCUCAAUAUAUUGAUCGUUUCUCCGCUUCUUAGCAUCUCACUGGCGCGUUGACGACUCAAUGCUUUUCUGAUGUCAAAUAUACAGAUGGCAACAGCUCUGAUGUAUUCACUGGACAUAUUAUUGUGGAGGCAUCACUUUCUUCUCUAACUGUUCUGUACAAGUAAAACGACGUCUGUCCAUUUCCUCUGUAUAUUCCUAGCCUGACUCUACUAGCAUCAGAUAAGGAGAUGAAGGUCCUAGGCGGUGCAUAAAUGUAAGUAGACGACACAUAAAAAUCCAUGGCAAACAGUCGAGGUAUACAGAUGAACAAUUGUACAUGUACACAAUGUACGUUUCAACGCUUCGCUUGAAAAACAGGUGAAGUGAACAACAGAAACAAAAAAAAAAAAAAAAAAAAAAAACAAAAAGGAAAA